CGCAGAUGUCUCUGUCACUUGCUGGAAAUCACAAGCGAACAGGGAAGUCAGGCCCUGGGGACUGGAUGUUGGGCUGGGGAAAUAAUAAAAUCAAACAGUUCGCUGACGGCUAGUUGACGUGCCCUGUCCAGUUGCUAUCGGCCUGACAAGAUGUUUAAGAAACUCAAGCAGAAGAUAAACGAGGAGCAGUCGCCGCAGAGGACUGCGCAGGGAACACAGCAGCAGGCCCAGAUGGGCAGCGGAGACCGGCGCAGCAGUCAGACUCCGCCUUUCCAUCACGACGGCUCGCCCUCCCCCAGUGACAGACAGAUGCUGGCCGGGAUGAUAGCCGAGCCCGCUUUUCUCUCUGAGUAUACUAUCUUUGCUCUGGACCAUUCAAACCGACCCCAAACGGCCCAGGUAGCCAGUGUGAAUGCCUCCAAAGGACCUGCAAGAUCUCCCAGGGGCAGCAUCAACGGCGAUGGAAGUGCUUCUCCUCUUAGAGAGGAGUCGCAGUCAUUUGCGCAGAAGCUGCAGCUGAAAGUCCCGUCGAUGGAGUCGCUGAUCCGCGGCGGCGCCAGUCGGGCCGAAAACCUCUUCCGCUCCUCGUCCAGAGAGAACCUGGCCCGGAGCUCAUCGCGCGAGUCGCUGACGGCCCUGGGAGAGAGCGAGCCCCCGGCGGGCCCCGCCUACGACCCGCCCUCGGAUAUCGAGAGCGAAGCCGAGGAGCCGGCGGGAAGCGCAGAGGCUCUUUCCAAAGAGCAGUUGCUGCACCGACUGCUUCAAGUGGAGAGGAGUCUGGGGAAGUACAGGGGGAAAUACUCGGAGCUGGUUACUGCAUACCGCACGGUUCAGCGAGACAAAGAGAAAACCCAGGUCAUCCUCAGUCAGAGUCAAGAUAAAGCUCUGCGCAGGAUAGGAGAGCUUCGUGAGGAGCUUCAAAUGGACCAGCAGGCCAAGAAGCACCUGCAAGAUGAGUUUGACGCCGCCCUGGAGGAGAAGGACCAGAUGAUCACCGUCCUUCAAACGCAGGUUGCCUUGUUGAAAAAGCGAGCAAAGGGGGUGACAGAUGGUCCACCCCCCUCUGAGGGUGAUGAAGUGGCUUCAGAUGCUGCCUCCGCUGCUCAGAGCCCAUCUAAGGAACAAGGACCAGAACCGGACGGACCCGAGUUAGAGGGCAACAGUGAUCCAACCAAACUCAUGGAGGCUCUUCAGAAGAGGGUCAAGAGGCAAGAAAACCUGCUCCAGAAGUGCAAAGAGGUGAUGCGCACGCACAAGGAGCGUAGCACGCAGCUGAGCAGCGAGAACGAAGCACUACAGGAGCAGCUGCAGGAGAGACUUCAGGAGCUGGAGAAGAUGAAGGAACUGCACACGACAGAAAAGACCAAGUUGAUCACUCAGCUGCGGGACGCUAAGAAUCUCAUUGAGCAACUGGAGCAGGACAAGGGAAUGGUAAUCGCUGAAACCAAGCGGCAGAUGCACGAGACUCUGGAGAUGAAAGAGGAGGAGAUCGCCCAGCUACGCUCCAGACUCCAGCAGGCCGUCACCCAGAAGGAAGAAUUACAAGAGCAGAAAGAGAAGGCGGAGAAAUCCGCUUUUGAAGAGCUUGAGCGGGCUCUGGGUGUGGCCCAGAAGGCCGAGGAGGCCAGGAAGCGGCUGCAGGUCCAGCUGGAGGAGCGAGUGAAAGACGUGGAGAGGGCAAGCGAGGAGGAGAGGAAGAGUCUUCAGCAGGAGCUGACAAGAGUUAAACAGGAAGUUGUCACCAUCAUGAAGAAGUCAUCAGAAGAAACUGUGGCUAAUUUGGAAAAAGCCCACACUGAAGCUUUAGCUGCUAAAGAAGAGGAACUAAAGGAAAGAGUCAGCAAAGCAGUGGAGCAAUGCAAGGCGGAGUUUGAGCAGCUUUCUAAGGAGCGAGAGCAACAGGCCUCUCUGGCUCUGGAGGACGCAGAGCUACAGAAGACCGCUAUAAGAACAGAAGCUGAGGAUAAAGUGAAGGAGAUGCAGCUGGAGCUGGAAGCUGCAAGAACGAGGAUUUUGGAGAUGGAGAGCUCCGUGAACGACACCUCUCAGGCCGAAUCCAGUUUGACCCACGACCUUUCCAGUCAGCUGGAGGAGCUGAAGAAAAACCACAGGGAGGAGAUGGCGGCAGCGAAGGCGAAGCAACAGGAGAGUCUGGAAAAGGACAAGGAAGCUCUCCUCCAGCAGCACAGCGCCGCUCUGGCGGACAUCCAGGAGAAACACCGCGCGGAAACGGAGACGCUGCUGCAGGAGAAAGAGCUGCAGCUCCAGCAGCACGUCGAAGACAUGAACCAGAAGACGCUGGAGAAACUGGAAAGGAAGCAGGCCGAGGUAGAGGCGCUGUCUGCCGAGCUCUCGGAGGCUUUAACCAGCAGACAGACUCUGGAGGAGAGGCUGGUGGCGGCUCAAGAUCAGAUUCAAGAUCAGGCGUCGAAGCACAGCGCCGAGCUGGAAAGCAUCAAACGCGAGCACGAGCAAUCUAUCGGAGGUGUGGAGAAAACUCUGAAGCAGGAGCUUAAUGCACUAAAAAUCGUCCUGAGGGAAAAGGAUAAAGAGAUCCAAGAGCUUUUGAGUAAAGAGAAAACCCUCCAGGAGGAAGCACAAAACCUAGAAACCAGGGUCAGGGAGGUUGAGGAGCUGCAGCAGAGUUUGCUGCAAACUCGACAAGAAGCGGAGAACCUAAAGGAAUCCAACGCUCGGUUAAACGCUGCCUCAGAGGAUCUUGAUCAGUGUAAGAAGAGUUUGACAGACCUGAAGGAUCAGUUGGAAGCAGCAAAUAAUACAUGUCAGGAAAAGGAGAAGAUGCUCCAAGAAAUAAGCUCCCAGUUAGAAGAAGCCAAGAAAGAGCUCUUGGAGAAGGAGGCGGCCGAGCAGCAAAAAAGCCUGGAGGAGCAACGGUGCCUUAAGAAACAGCUGGACGACGAACGAGCGGCUCACCAAGUCCAGCUGAGAAACACUGUGUCCGACAUGGAGGCCAAGGUGAAGAAGCAGGAGAGCAAGGCGGAGAAGAUCAAGCAGAAGGCCAAAGAGAUGCAGGAGAGCUUCAAGAGAAAGCUCCAGCAGACCGAGGAGAGCGCCAAGAAGGAGCUGGAGCAGAAGGAGCUGGAGCUGCAGCAGAAAGACCAGCAGGUCCAGGAGAAAAUCGUGGAGAUGGCUCAGUCGAGCUCGCAGGGCAUCAGCAGCGCCGUGUCGCAGCUGCAGGCGAGCCACAAGGAAGAGCUGGAGGCGCUGGAGCGCCGCUGGCAGGAGCAGCUCGCCCGGCAGGAGGAGGAAUCGGCGGAGAAGCACGCCGUCGCGCUCCAGGAGAAGGCCCAGGAGCUGGAGGAGACGUCUCAGCGGGUGUCGCGGGAGUUGAGCGCGUUGAAGGAGGACCUGGCCAUCCGGGAGACCACCGUGCAGAAGCUGCAGGAGGAGCUCAACCAGGCGGCGGUCAAACUCGAAGGCUCGUCUCGGGGGGAGUCGCUGCUGAAGGAGCAGAUGGAGUCGGCGGAGAGGAACCUGAAGCAGGCCCUGAGCGAGAGGAACGCCCUCCAGGACGAGCUGAGGGCGGCGCGGGAGGAGAGCCGAGCGAGGCUGCAGUCUCUGACCGACAAGUUGAGCGACGCGGAGAAGCAGCUGGAGGCCCUGGAAAGUUCCCGGGUGGAAGACGCUAAAGAAAUGGAGCGCAAACUGGAGCAAGCUGCCGCGCUACUCCAAGCCAAGGAGGCUGAAUUCCAGCAACAACUGAAUUCAAUCGUCGCCAAAAUGCAGCAUUACUGUAAGGAGGUCCAGGCUAAGGUGGAUCGUUCCUCCGACCGACUCCAGCAGCGAGUGGUCGGCCGCGUCGAGGAGCUGAACGACCGACUGCUGAGCAGCCAGGGGAGCGUCGGCCGCUUGCAGAGCGCUCUCCGCACAAAGCUGGGCACCGUUUGCACUUUAGAGGAGAACCUCCUGCGGCGCGCCGAGGAGAACAAGAAUCUAUGCAUUUCACUGGAACACACGACCGCUCAGGUAGACGCUCACAAGGAGCGCAUCGAGGCCUUAACCCUGGAGAAGGAGGGCAGCUCUCAGAGAGCGGAGGAGCUCAGCGAGGCCCACAGAGUCAUGUCAGAGAGCCUGAAGGACAAGGAGGAAGCCAUAAAUAAGCUGACGCAGCAGUACGAGACGGAGAGGUUGGCGCAGGAGAGGAGGGCCGAGGACGACGGCGAUGCCGUUGGGUCCCUGCGGGCGAGGCUGGAGGAGCUGGAGAAGGAGGUCUCCGAGAAGAACGAAGCGCUGCAAAGGCUGUCGGCGAGCGUGGACGGCCGCUCCAUCAGCAAGUCCGAGAUGGACCAGGUGCUGAGCGAGAAGGAGCAGCGGGUGGGCGACCUGGCGGCCGAGCUGGAAGGCAGCGCGGCCCGCCUCGCCCAGCUCCAGGAGCGGCUCCAGGCCAAGACGAGGGAGUGCGAGGAGCUCCGGCAGCGGCACGCCGGCGGGGAGCGCGAGAAGCGGGAGCUGGCCGAGCAGCUGCAGCGGGCCCAGACGCUGUGCGCCCAGAACGGCGCCGCCGAGCGAGAGCUGGGGGAGAAGCUGAGCUCCCUCGAGGAGGAGAACAAGAAGUGGAAGCUGGCGCUGGAAGCCCAGAGGGAGGAAUUGGAGAGGAUGAGAGAGGAGGCCGACAGGGGCAGGGAGGAGAGCGUCAGAGCCACCGAGGAGAGGCUAUCCGCGGAGAACGCUCGCAAGAUAUCGGAGCUGAAGAAAAAAGCCGAGCAGAAGAUCAGCCAGAUCAGGAAGCAGCUGACGGCCCAGCUGGAGGAGAAGGAGCAGAGCAUCCAGGCUCUGAGGGCUAACCUGGAGGAGAAGGAGCAGAGCAUCCAGGCUCUACGGGCUAACCUGGAGGAGAAGGAGCAGAGCAUCCAGGCUCUAAGGGUCAGCCUGGAGGAGAAGGAGCAGAGCAUCCAGGCUCUAAGGGCUAACCUGGAGGAGAAGGAGCAGAGCAUCCAGGCUCUAAAGGUCGGCCUGGAGGAGAAGGAGAGCAACGAGACUCUGAGCAAGGAGCAAAUAGAGACGUUGGAGGAGAAAACGAAGCAGCUCGAAGAAGCUCUCGCCAGGCUUGGAGAGGAGCAGGAGAGGAACCUUGAGCAGACCCUGAGCAACGAGAGGCUGGAGAGGGAGAAGUGUUUAGAGGAGCUGAGAGCCGCGUAUGAAGACAAGCUGGCGUCGCUUCAGCGGGACGCGGAGCUCAGGCCGACCCAGGCGGCGCUGCAGCAACUCCAGGCACGGCUGAAGGAGGCCGAGGAGCACAACCGAAACCUCCUGGCAGAAAUAGAUCGCCUGAAGGCAGAAACGAGCGAGAAGGACGGCCGGCCCUCGACUCCUCCCGACGAGGUCCGGCGUUCCCCGGCGCCGGAGGCCGCCGCGGUCGAGGCGGAGCGCAGCAGCGUGCAGCGAACCGCCAACGCCACGGAGGACGGCGGGGAGGACUCUCUGCAAAGCCUUAGGAGCAAACUGGUCCAGAUGAAGAACGAGAAGGAGAAGGUCCAGAAGGACUUCACCAGGUUACAGAAAGACAUGAGGCAGCUGAGGAAGGAGCACGAGCACGACCUGGAGUUGGUGAAGAAAGAGCUGCAGGAGGAGAACGAGAAAAAGCUCAAGCUGGAGUUGGAGGAUCUGGAAAUGAAGCGCAACAUGGCCAUGAAGCAGCUGAUGAGGGAGUUCAACACGCAGAUGGCUUUGAAAGAGAGGGAGCUCGACUCCGCCGUGAAGGAGACCAUAGCCAAGGCCCAGGAUGUCGAAGCCGAGCUCCUCAGCAGCCACCGAGAGGAAACCAGCCAGCUGAGGAAGGUGAUUUCCCAGAAGGAAGACGAUUUGCAGAGAACCGUGCAGAAAUACGAGCAAGUCAUACAGAGCCGGGAGGAGGAGAUGGGAGACAGAGUGUGGCAGGUUCAGAAACAGCUAGAAGAGCUGCAGUCACGCUGCCAAAGCACUUCAGAGCUGACCCCUGAGGACCUGAAGGCUCAGCUCGCCGAGAAGACGACUCUCCUGAGCGAGGCUCGGCUGAAGGAGCAAACAUUUGUGGAGCGGAUUCACUCUCUGGAAGACAAGAUCAAGUUUCUCCACCGCAGCGCUGUUGUAACUCAUCUUGAUGGGACGCACAAAGAUCCUGGAAUAAAUUCCCCCGACAGUCUGUCGGAGUCUACGGAGAUGGAGUACUUGAGGAAGGUGCUGUUUGAAUACAUGAUGGGGCGGGAAACGAAAACGAUGGCCAAAGUGAUUACCUCCAUGCUCAAGUUUCCUGCGGACCAGGCGCAAAAGGUUUUGGACAGAGAAGACUCCAAACCAAUCCCUUGGUUACGAUGAGUUUUGGAUACGGGAACUUCACGAUGAAGAUCUGCUGCUGAGGGGGAAGACUGCCAUGGAUUAUUUGAAGUCCUUCCCUCUGUAUCACGUCUUUUUUUUAUGUGUGUGUGUAAGGUUGUGUGUUUGUGAGCACAUUCUGGGGCAUAAGUGUGUGUGUGUGAUGAAGUGUGUGGAAAUCCAAUUAAAGGUAUGAGGGGAAUAAAGAGUUUCUGACAGAAACACAAAUCUUCCAUAAUUCACUUCUACUGAGUAUAAUUUAUGUUUUUAAUAAUGUUUUGGGUUAUUUUAGGAUGUGUUUAUAAAAAAAAAAGAAAACAAGGCUUGUGCAAUAAAUAAUAUCACACACUAAUGCUGACAGUCACUUGAUUUAUAUGUUCCUGUGUAGUUCUUUUGUCUGAUUGGCUUCCUCUGUAAACGACCCUUUAACUGUGCACUCGCACCAUAUGGAGUGACUGGCCUUUGGGACCGGGUUUGUUCGGCGCGGCUUUUUCUACGCUUUAUAUUUUGACACUGACUGACGAACUUCGAAACACCCCAAGUGUAAAUUGUAAAAUAAGAAUGGAGACUGUAAUAUAGGGCACAUGACUGCUUUACAUUUUGAGGCUAGCAAAUAAAAUCUUAUUUACAAAAAUA